ACAGCCUUCUUCUAGCACCAAGCAAGCACAAAUUAGCCUCUAGAGGAUUCAUUAGAAGCGGUCUUGUGUUGUGCCUGCCGCAAUAACCAUCGCCAUGGCCUCAGCUCAGUGCUACAAACAGUGUGAGGAGCAAUCAUGCAACCAAUCAAACUCAUUGGGCCAGAAAAUGUCGACCGAGGUGACUAGCUGGGCUCACCUAACUCACAGCACAACGGGACAGACUCAAACUCAAUGCUAUGCCAAAACCCAGACCGACUGCACUGACCAGGGAAUGGCCAAAACCCAGACUACUCACUGCCAUAGCCGAACCCUGAUUCACGAAUCGAACCAGGAGACGUCCCAUGGCCAUGGCUGUGACCAAACCCAGAAAAUUAGCACUGACCAAGAAAAAGCUCAAGACCACUGCCAGACUCAGACUCAUGCAUCGAAUGGCAUGGCGACAUGCAAUGAAAGGAACAAGAAUAGGGCUGAGAGGAAGAAGAAGAGGGGUCUGUUCCACAGGAUCAAGGACCGAAUUGCUGGCGAUAGUAGCAGCGAGAGCGAGAGCGAGAGCGAUGAUGACAACUCUGGAAAAAGAAAGAAUUAAGCGUCCGAGCAGUUCUGGGCCAUGAUAUCAAAUAAAAUGAAGUUUCCUGGCAUGAACUUAUAUAUCAAAUAAUUAAGUAUGAAGAAAUAAAUAUGUAGCCAUGACCAUGAGACAUUAAACAUGGCUAUUAAUAUUAAUAGUGGAAGAAAUUUUCACUGAUUAUGGUCCUGCGUCUUCAAUUACUGUACUACUUGUUUAAUAAAUUAUUAUUUUUACA